GUCCCAUAUCCUCGUCGCCAUGCCUCCCCUCCGUCGUGCUCGACCCGUCUCCUGCGCACAGCAUCCACAGUCCGAUCCGUUCGUGUUAACCUAUCUGAAUUCUGAAGAUAUGCAUGUGGAUUCAGCAAGGGAGCAUCGAGAAGCCACCGAGCAUGUCCAGGAUAUCUAAUCUAAGAUCCUUGGAUGGAGUUCCUCCGACUCCAGCAAUGGGACUCGGCCAUACAAGUGAGAGACGAUCAUCGUCUGGGAGGCCCCCUAUUUUUAGAAGCCUUUCGCCUUGUCUUGUGCCUCCUCCUUUGCCUCCUCUCCACAGUCUGAUUUAGAGACCUUGCAUGCAUGCCUUGCCUGCCUCCUAUCCACAAUUUAUUUCCUCUAGUUUCGUGGGUCCUAGAUCCCUUUCGCCCAAACCUGCUCCGUUGCGCUAGCGCAUUUGAAGCCUGGAUUUCCCCCACAAGGUCUGCAGGGUGCUCGUCUCUAACCCUAAUGGGAGCAAGAUAUCCUCUCGUUUUCUUGAUCCUCUUACUUCUUCAUGGAACCAAGGCUGCUCCGGACCCUCCAGUACCGGGAUGGCUGACUCUGAGUGGUCGUCGCCCUGUAGUCGUUGCUCGUGGGGGCUUCUCUGGAUUAUUACCUGAGUCAGGCCAGCUUGCAUACAACUUUGCAAUGCACAGUAGCGUGUGUGAUGUGGUUCUGUUCUGCGACCUGCAACUCUCCAGCGACGGUGUGGGCUUCUGCCAUAGCAGCUUGAGACUUGACAAUUCGUCAGAUAUUGCUCAGUCGUUCCCUAACAGGGGCUCGACAUAUCAAGUGAAUGGACAAGAUGUUCAAGGAUGGUUUUCUCUGGAUUUCAAAUCGAAGGAGCUGCAUGAUAUCGUGUUGUCUCAGAAUAUUUUGUCUCGCCCAAAUACAUUUGACAAAGAACAGCAACUGUUGUCGCUUGACAAUGUGGUUCAAAGUGUCCUGGCUCAACAAGGCGAGGUUCAUGCAAUUUGGGUCAACAUAGAGUACAACUCAUUUUUUAUGGAGCAUGGAUUAAGUAGCGAAGGUUACAUAGUGGGACUACCAAAAGAAUUUCCUGUCACCCAUGUCUCCUCACCAGAAUUUGCAUUCUUGAAAGGUCUCAGUGGAAAAGUCAGAAGCAAUAUUAAGUUGAUUUUCCGGUUUCUCCGUGAAGACCUUGUUGAGCCUACGACGAAGAGAACAUAUGGAGAACUUCUGAAAGACCUAAAAUCUAUCAAGGCCUUUGCAUCAGGGAUUCUUGUCCCAAAGCAAUUUAUUUGGCCACAGAAUAAGGAUAUGUACUUGGAGCCGUCUACCAGUUUGGUCAAAGAUGCACAUGCCCUAGGGCUGGAAGUGUACGCAUCUGGAUUUGCCAAUGAUGAUCCCUGUAUGAGCUACAACUACAGCUAUGAUCCCAGCGCGGAAAUCUUGCAGUACAUAGACAAUUCAGAGUUCUCGGUUGACGGCGUUUUAACAGACAAUCCGCCUACCGCAUCUGCAGCCUUGGUGUGCAUGGCACAUACCAAGGGCAAUCCAUUUCUUUUUCCUCCUGUUAAAGCUGGACCUCCUCCAGGAGAAGGAGAAAACAGCACCAGGCCACUGAUCAUAACCCACAAUGGUGCGAGUGGCGUCUUCUCAGACAGCACCGACCUUGCCUACCAACAAGCAGUGAAAGACGGCGCGGACAUAAUAGAUUGCUGGGUCCGGAUGUCGAAAGACGGAGUCGCCUUCUGCCUGGGCUCUACAGAUCUCAACAGCAGCACGACAGCAGCUACAACUUUCUUGGGAAAAAUGACCACUGUCAAUGAGAUACAGAACAAGUCUGGCAUUUUCUCGUUUGAUCUCUUAUGGAGCGAGAUCCAGACCUUAAAACCCAACCUCAUCGGUCCGUUCGCAGACGCACGUCUGGAGAGAAAUCCUGCGGCGAAGAACGCUGGCAAAUUUGUGACACUGCCUGAGUUCCUUGAUUUUGCAAAAGCCAGCAACAUCACUGGUAUACUGAUGGGCAUAGAGCAUGCUACGUACCUUAUAGCCAGAGGCCUUGACGUGGUGGACGCGGUCUCCAAAGCGCUUGUCAAGUCCGGGUACGACAAGGAGACCUGUAAGCAGCGCGUGCUCAUACAGUCAGAGGACGCCCCGGUGCUUACGGCGUUCAAGUCGUUCCCCAAGUUCCAGCGGGUGCUGACGAUUGAGUUCGACAUCCGCGACGCCUCCAAGCCUUCGGUGGAGGAGAUAUUGCAGUUUGCGAAUGCGGUGAAGCUCAGGCGCAGCUCUGCCGCGCGGGUCAACGGCUUCUUCCUGGAGGGGUUCACGGACUCCUUGGUCAACAGACUGCAUGCCGGCGGCUUGCAGGUGUACGUCGGCGUCCUCAGGAAUGAGUUCAUGAACCUCGCGUUCGACUACUGGGCCGACCCCUUGGUGGAGGUUGCCACGGACACUUUGUCGGUGGGCGCCGACGGGCUCGUGACCGAGUUCCCUGCCACUGCAGCAGCAUUCUUCAGGAGCCCAUGCAGCACCGGCCAGGUGUACAUGGGCUACACGAUCAGCCCCGCCGAGCCCGGCGGCUUGCUCAUGCUGGCUGUCAAUGGCUCGGUCCCUCCAGCACCCCCUCCGGCGCCGGUGCUCGAGCCCCAAGACAUCCUGCAACAGCAGCUGCCGGUGUGCCCCAACGAGCCCAUGUUCCGGACCUUCCGCUGCCGCCUGGCGCCCAAGGAGAAGGAGAAGGCGACGGGGAAACCUGAGUACAACAUCAAUCUGGCUAGCCUAGAUGGCUAGGUUUCUUGUGGUGGAACCAGCCUGCUUGACAUGGGUACUCGUAUAUUUCUAAAUUUAUUUUAGGAUUUUCGGUGCUAUUCGUUUAGUGGUAUGGCAUGCCCCUCGACUACGAGGUGCCUUUGAGGACUUGCUCGAUCUCAAGAUCUGCCGGCCCAGUCUGUCGUGCGUGUAUAGGGGUAGGGUUUGUGUGUGUGUGUUUAUAGGGGUGUGUGUAUGCGCGUGUUAUGAGCGUCUGCUGCACGGUGUUUCGAAAGAAGAAAUCUGGCCGCCGACGGGUGAAGAAAUGCCAAGACAUCAUCUUGUUGCAAAUACCCCACAGCCCACAUUGUGUACCGAGUGUUUGGACAAGUUUAUGUUUUUAAAGUGAGCAGCUUUUCUGUUUUUUAAA